AUGGACAGUGAGGAGGAGUCAUCAGAGCCCAGCACUGUGUUCGGCGUCUUUGAGGAAGAGGUGUUCACCAGGCAGUACACCAUCCUGAAGACCUUGGGUCAGGGUGGCACUGCCAAGGUCAUGCUGGCCCACCAUCGCCUUACAGGUGCCCCAGUGGCUGUGAAAGCUCUGGUGAAGCAGAAGAAGUGGUGUGAGCCGACAGUGUCUGAAGUCGACAUCAUGAAGAUCCUCAACCACCCUAAUAUUGUUUCCCUCCUGCAAGUAAUAGAAACAGAAAAGAACAUUUACUUAAUUAUGGAGGUGGUCCAGGGAGAACAAUUAUUGAAUAAGAUCUGGGAGUCUGGAUGCCUGAAGGAAGAUGAAGCUAGAAACAUAUUUGUUCAGCUGCUCAGUGCCAUAGGCUACUGCCAUGAUGUGGGCAUUGUUCACAGAGACCUAAAGCCUGAUAAUAUUGUAAUUGAUGAGCACGGAAGGGUCAAAAUUAUUGACUUUGGUCUAGGUGCCAGAUUCAGGCCUGGGCAAAAGCUGGAAAGGCUGUGUGGUGUCUACCAGUUCAUUCCUCCGGAAAUCUUUCAGGGUCUCCCAUAUGAUGGUCCCAAAGCCGACAUCUGGACCUUGGGGGUGCUUUUAUAUUUUAUGGUGACAGGGAUUCUCCCAUUUACAGCGGCUACCUUGUCAGAACUUAGCAAACAAGUUCAGCAAGGGAGGUAUGACAUCCCCUGUGACCUUUCUAAAGACUUAAGGAGUAUGAUUAGCCUGCUACUGGCAGUAAAUGCAAAGCAGAGGCCAACUGUACUUGACAUCAUGGGCCACCCAUGGCUUCAGCAAGCAAAAAUCACUCUCACAAUUCAUGAAUUUGGAGACACCAGCUACCCAGACCCUAAAAUUAUGGCAGUCAUGAAAAACAUUGGAUUUGGCUCUCAGGACAUAAGAAAAUCCUUAAAACACAGGAAGUUCAAUGAAACCAUGGCUGCCUACCACCUACUGAGAUACCAGGCAUGCCAGCAUGAUGGCAGAAAGCUCCAAAGAAAGAAAAUGAACCCAGGAUUGACGCCUUUCCCUACCCCUGAAGAUCCUGCCACUUUCCCUUUGUUCCUCAGGAAAAGGGCCAGUGAACCUUCCCUUCAGGUAUUAGUCUCAGCCACAGAAAAACAUCGUCUAACACAAUGGAGGGAGACAAAUGCCCUUGUUGUGCAAGAGAAGACACCUACUCUGGGCAAAGGGUAUCUAAAACGUUCUAUGACAGCCCCCUAUAUAUAUACACCAAAAAAUACCCUGAUGGACAUGGGAGAUUCAAGCUUCUCGACCAGCUCCCUGUCUGAAAAGGCCUUAAGUGGCCCAGAGCAAAUCGAGACUUCAACAUCAAGCUCCCUGCAGCCCAGGGGAUGGGUGGCAUGGAAAAAGAGGAUUGGAGAAUUCAUCCGGAGGUGUUGCUGCUGCUGCAUGUCAUCCCACAAAAAAAUUCCAAGGAAGGUGUGCCCACAAAAGUGUGGGAACAGCAUGAAAUGA